AUGGGCGUCAACAAUGCUGGCAGUACCACUCGGCCUACCGAAGAGGAUCAGCUGGCUGCUUAUAUUCCCCCUGAUGCUCCGCCAUGGUACAAGCAGGGUCACCUUCUUCAUCUCAACUUCAUCAUCGUCUCCCUGGUGAUGUACUCAUCGGCCAACGGCUUCGAUGGAUCAUUAAUGAACGGUCUCGAAGCCUUGGAUCAGUGGAAGGAUUUCAUGAAUCAUCCAGCAGGCUCCUGGCUUGGAUGGAUUAACGCAAUCUACUGGCUAGGAUGCGGUGUUGGAUACCCGACAGCAUCAUGGAUUGCCAAUCGCUGGGGACGCAAGCCUGGUGUCUAUGUUGGAUACUGCUUCUUGGCACUUGGCUGUGCGCUUCAAACCGCGGCUCCAAACGAUAAGGCUUUCUUGCUUGCUCGUCUCUUCCUUGGUGCUGCUUCUGCUCUAUUUGGAAAUGCCGUCCCCCUCCUAAUCAACGAAAUUGCAUACCCGUCCCACCGUGGCAUUCUCAACUCCCUUUUCAUGUCAGGAUGGUAUGUGGGAGGUACUGUGGCUGCGUGGGUAGUAUUCGCGUCGCGAGACUACUCAUCUUCUUGGGCAUGGCGUUUGCCAUCGCUCCUUCAGCUCCUGGUGCCGCUUGUUGGGUUUCCAGGGUUUUUCCUGGCACCAGAGAGCCCUCGGUGGUUGGUGUCUGUUGGACGCGAUGAUGAGGCCCGUGCAAUUCUCACUCGUUAUCAUGCUGCUGGUGAUGAGAACUCACCUCUGGUCAACUACGAAUUCCAAGAGAUUAUCGCCACCAUUCGAGCGGAGCAACAGGCAGCUAGCGAUGGCAGUUAUCUGGAAAUGAUCAAGACCGCCGGUAACCGCCGUCGCUUGAUGAUUUCCAUUACUCUGGGUAUGUUUGCCCAGUGGGUCGGCAAUGGAGUCAUCUCAUACUAUCUCUCCCUUAUCUUGACCUCGGUGGGAGUGACCAAUGUUCGUGACCAGACUCUCAUUUCGGCCUGCUUGCAGAUGUGGGAUCUGGCAUUCGCUGCGCUCGGUGCUUAUUUGAGUGACCGGCUUGGACGCCGCCCUCUCUUCCUCGCGUCAGCUGUUAUCAUGUUCGUGAGUUAUGUACUGGUCACGGCUCUUUCGGGGGUCUUUCGCGGUCACACAAAAUACCGCGACUGGCGGUGCCGUCAUUCCGUUCCUGUUUAUCUUCUUCGCAGGUUAUUGCAUUGCGCUGUAAGCUUCUUUUCGUUCGUUACCCUUUCUUACCAACCCAUCACUGACUCAAUACCAAUCACUCUCAGGACCCCCUUCCUUACCGGAUAUCCCUGUGAAAUUUGGCCCUACCGUCUCCGGUCCCGCGGCCUAACCGUUACCUGGGUUGCGACGAUCGUCGGCAUGUUUUUCAACACCUUCGUCAACCCAAUUGCGCUAGCUGCCAUUGCCUGGAGAUACUACAUUGUGUUCAUCGCCGUGCUGCUUGUGUUUGGUGUCACCGCAUUCUUCUUCUACCCUGAAACUAAGGGAUAUUCGCUCGAACAAAUAGCCGUGAUCUUUGACGGUCCAGAAGCAUUGGUUGGGAAUGCUACCGAUAUUGCGAAUGCCACUGAAGAUUUGAAGGAGUCUGGCUCAUUUACUGCUCAUGAGGAGUCUGUUUGA